GCGAUCGAGAGUCGUUUGACUGCCACCCGAAAGCAAGAGGCGUUUCAAACAAAAACUGUUAUCAUUGAUAAUAUUACAAUACAGUGUGGUGACACAAUGUCGCCUCCUUUUGCCGGGGAAGCCGACACAGGAGCGACGCUAAAGCGAAAUUACGUUCGGAGCGGCGUUGCCGGGCACUUUCAGCUUCUGCUACAGUAGCAUUACCAACACCGCCGCCGACAUUGGCAUCGCCGAUUUGAGCGUCAUCGUCCCAUGAUGGUUGGUACAGUCGUCGCCAUUCGUCAAUAUUUUUCGAGGGGAACGCAGGUAACAACGCAUCGAGAAGAAGGGGGGUUCGUCGACGAAGACACGAGAGCAGCCACGGGUCCAGCACUAGGGUCCAUCGCCGUUGCAUUAUUCCACUCAUUCAAGUUGGUAGUCAGUAGCAGCAGCAGCUGCAACAGCGGUAGAAACGUCGAAGAGCAAACAUCAAGUCAAUGCCGGCUGCAUCGGCGCAGCAGCAGUAGUACAUCUAUACUUAAAAAAAACAGUGAUACACAAGGAGCGCAGCGCGUUCGUAGCGGUAUAGCAAAGCGCAGUUUCCUACCGCGCUAUGACAGCAAAAUUAUUGUCCGCGUCGAUACAAGUCGCAGAAGAAGUAGCAGAAUCACUGGAUGGAAUUGGUGGCGAUAAAUUGUGGAACGACGCUGUCCAAAGAUGAAAGACUACGGACAAAUUCUGCCGCGAGGCAGUUAGUGCGUACACAAGAAGCCCAGCACACGUUUAUGUUCUCGCCUAAUCCAGCCAGUCGCUUGCGCUAAUGGGCAGUAGGAAGGUGGACGAUCCAUACAGAAACUCCAAUAACUUGGUCUUUCAUCGAACUAUAACCCAGGUGUUCGCAAGAUUUAUGUCUCCCUCAUCGAACCGACGUGUGAAGUGACGGAUUCACACCAACGAGUUUCACUUGCCUUCGAGAGAAGGAAUGUCGAACAGCACGAACCAGUCGAAGAUUCGAUUGAACUUUUUUCGAAUGUACGAACAGCGAGCGGAGCACGGGCGCUUACUUACACACUCAUUUUAACACUCUCACAUACAUAAAAACAGUGAGUCAGUUGAAUUUUUGCAUCACUAUUACGGUUACUGUUUGAUAUAAUUUAUUUAGUUGCCGGUCGCAUAGCCUUUAGUAUCAGUAGAAGUAAUACUAUUAAACUGUGUUUAAAUACCGCGGUAAUGUCUUCGACAAGAGCCCAGAAUUAAGAUAGUAACUGGACAGGUUACAGCUGGUUAGCAACGAUUUCAUCUAACUGAAAAGUUCAGGUGCUCGAUUCAGUCGAACCAAUCUGUUUGUUUAGGCUCUGAUGGGGCGCUAAGGCUGCACCACGGCAUAUAGACUUAUUCCCCUCAUGCGGAAACCGUGCACACGCUUCAGGGAGUUAGGCCGUUAAGUUAAAGGAAAAAAGAGAUAAUUAGAUACUGCUCCUAUUCACAGUUGCAAUCACAAACAGCCAUAAUUCUAUCUUAAUAUAACCAAUCCUAUCCGUCAAAUGUACUCAGAAUAUUUUUGAUGUUGUUUGUGUGUGUCUAUGUGUGUGUGAAAUCAACUCCCGUCGGCAGCAAUCAGACCCUCGUCGCUAAUAAACAACACAAUAACAGUACCAUGGCUACCAUCACCGCUCAGAUAGCACACAAACAGCAUCACUCGCAGGCGAGUCUACAACACAGAUAGACAGCGGCGAUAAACACAACUCCAUGUAGCAGCUACGGACAGACCGCGGAUCCGUCGGCUGUUUUGUCACAAAAAGCUUCAUCAGUCCAGUGGACUCUGGUGUAUUAUAUCAGAUAUAAACGAGGCUGUAAAAAAAUAGCUUAGUUUUACACACAAGCAAUUAAAUUCUUCGGUUGCAUUAUAAUAAUGUACGCCUCUCAAAAGGCUGUGAUUGGCUCAUCCUAACGUCUUAUUCUCAAAGACAUGCAAUUGCAUUCUUGAUUGCUACGGCGAAUUUGUAAACCAGAUAAUGCAUUUUUUGCUAUUCCUCGCACUUUAUUCAGUAUUACGAAACGUGUGAACCAUGGCAGGUUUUUAAUAACCAAUAAAAUACAACAGAUGCUUGUUUUCAUUGCAUGUCCUUAUUUUUUUUGCAUUGACAAUUUACCGUACUGGUCUGGCUGUUCCGCUGUCCGCGCAAUAAUUACGUGCACUUCAUCUGAACGAAGAGCCUGCAGCUGUUGGUGUCUUCGGAGCACUGUUAUGCGGUAUGCAACGGAGUUGAUUGUAUCCUGGUUGCAAACACAGUGCAUGUAUGUAUGCCGACUUCCUGGUGUGCUACUGUUACAAUUGCAUUCGGUACAGGGCUGGCAGAGGAGCCUUAAAUAGCCUGGAACAGUUAAACGUAUACGCUGGCAACACUUACCGGAACUGCGAACGCAUACUUAUAGCUGUAAAUUGUUGAAAACAGUAGCGGCUGUGCCCUAUUAACCGUGUAUUUACUAAGUGAUAUCGGUGAUUGUGUUUAGAAAGGCAGUGAGUAAACAGCAGAAAAAAAUUCCGGAUCUAUCUGAGUGUCGCGUAACGGUCGGAAAGCCACCGGAAAGAAAAGUGCCUGGUGGGCAGAACUGUGGAAUAAGAGCGAGGUACAAACGAAGAUACAACGGCAACAAGCAGCCUCGAAAACAAACGCUGGUAGCAACAAAAUGAGCGGAAGCUCGUUUCAUCUACCAGACUGGCAGUGCCCGGAUGAAAAGUGCAGAAACGUCAAUUUUGGAAAGAGAACAGCGUGCAACCGGUGUGGCGUUUCUAGGCCUCGAGAGGUUCUUGUAAACGCUACGAAGAAAAUUGGCCAUGAAAUCGGAAAGCAAGCGGCCGAAAAAAGUCACGGGCUUUUUUCUGCUGACGACUGGCAGUGUGGAAAAUGCGGCAACGUCAACUGGGCCCGACGGAAUAAUUGCAACAUGUGCUCUGCCCCAAAGGUAGGCGAAGUAGAGCGUCGCACAGGGCUUGGUGGGGGCUACAAUGAAAGGGAGGGUGUCGAGUAUAAACAGCGGCCAGCGAACGAAUCAGAUGACGAGUACGAUGAUUUUGGCCGUAAGAAACGCCGAAAACCCAAAGACUCGGACUGUAGCAACUCGAAUUUGACGCGAGAUCGGUCACGUUCACCCCUCGGCAAUUCGGCGCAGGGUCGUCGCGACAACCAUGACGACGACAACGAUGGAGAUGAUAUUGAAAGACAAGAAGAAAGAGAGCCUCGUCCUUCAAAAGAUAACGGCCGAGAUUGGGAACGAGCCCGAGAUAGGGAUCGUAAUCGCGAACAGGACGAAGAGGAAGAUGAGAGUGAUAAUGAUCGCGACGACGACGAUGAUGAGGAUGAUGACGAUGACGACGCCGAUCUGUCGAAGUAUGACCUGCUCGCGUGAGCGAGGCAUGGCAGCAGUGUUGGUACUGAUAUUGAUCGACCAUUAUGGAAAGUAAACGUACUUUAAUUAGGAAGCUCAGAAGGAGCAUAGCCACCGGUGAAGUGCGCUGCCUGCGACAAAAAACAUGCACUGCAGGGGAGCAAACAGAAAAUAGCACGAAUGGCGACCUUCAUAAGGAAAACAGCAGACCAUAGUGGUUGUAGUGGAUAAAAACCUUGCAGAAUCACAACAACAACAAUAACAGUAACAAUAGGAAGAAAAGUAAUAACAAUUAUUUGUUUGCAGACAACAAUAGUGAUAGAAUAUAUAUGUUCAUGGGGGGACCUCACCAUUUCGUGAGGCAGAUUAAGGUAAUAAAAAGGACACAGUAAAAUGAAGAGAGCCUUCUAGCAAAGCUCAUUGACAAGAGGAAAUCUAUGACAUUAUGGGUGACAGGCUUAGCAAAGAACUUAUAACAAUGCCUUAGAGAAAAAAUCAAUGUGCACCACAUUAACUUUUUCUAUCAUUCUUUAAAAUUAAGUAAUUUGAAACUGGAUUUUUUGUUGCUAUAACGAACCUACUAAGGACCAAAAAAAACUGUCUCUUGCUCAGAAGAUGAAGAGUGCAGGUGAACGCUCGUAAGCGAUUGGAGUCGAAGGAAUUGAUUUUGUCGUUUAUUUUUGUAAUCAAAUAUAUAUAGAGAGAGAUGUAGGAAAACAAAUUAUAUGGUUUGUUUUCACGGUGUGAAAUCGAGUAACAUGGUAGGAGAAAAAAACGUAAAGAUGAUGAUGUUAGGUUUUCCUAUUGGUUCCGUCGACAUCGGUAUCAACAGUUGAGACUAUACCCAGUUUGACACAUAUAACUGUGGAGUAGAUAUUUGCGCACACAAACAUUAUGGGCUUUCGGCCACCUUCGACGUGAUCGCAAGAUUACCCGAUCAUAGCUGAUAAACCCUACAAAUCGCCCUUUUUCGUAUUCAGUCUUAUAGGUGAUGGUAAUAGAUAAAGCCCGACUUACGAGAAUCUAUAUAACUGUCAUAAACGGGCAGUUUUUUUUACAAAGAGCCUAUAAGCUUAAGUGUAUAAUACAGAUACCUUUUUUUUUAGUGUGAAUAACGGUAAUACACAUCUGAUAUACACGUACGGAUUUAGUGAAAGUGAUAUACUCGGGUGAAAUAGAAGCUCAGUUCUUUAACUUUUCGUAUUAUGUGAGCUGGGGGAUAGACAAGCCCAAAUAUAUUUGAGCGGAAGGAAGACUGUUCAGUGAUGAAAAUGUCUGUGGAGAGGCACUUUGUGAAUACAAAAGCUAAAUCGCAGCAAUAUACACAGCAGCCGACUAACUUGGUGUUUAAAUAGCAGGAUAUUCAUCCCCCGAAAAAAGGAGAUAUGCGUCACUGACUAUAAUGUGUUGCAUUUUUUCAGUUUUUCGAUCUUAUUUUUUCCUAUUUCAGCCCUGAAUUACUGCAGUAAUACGAACAAAAACCGUAAAAUUGCAUUUAUGUAACAAGCGUUUGCCAAUUUGUUACUCUGGUAAGGAAAGAUAGCAAACAACAUCAAGUAGAUGAAAAGGCUAAAAACGGGCUUGCAUAAUGGAUUUGUCAUCGUUGUCAUUGUGCAAAGUAGCUGUUGAACUAAACACUGAGUUCCGAAUAAGAUAGCUCGACUUAACUUAAAACUAGAACAGUGUGGGUGUUUGGAUAAACCACUACAUGACUUACCACGUCACAAUGAUGAACGAACAAAGCUACAAAAGAGGGUGGACUGUAUUUGUACUAAUACACCCAUUGUAUAUUUUUCUGUAAAAUAAAACGGUUACUCUGAUAAUAAUAGUGUUACGUAAAAAAGAAAGGACGCCGGAUAAUGUGGAGUGUUUACGCCCCCGCUGCGUAUACUCGUAUUAGGGGCUUAGUAAUACAUUCGCACCUUGUGUGAAUGUAUAGCCGACUUCAUGCUGAUGCAGCCCGUUAGAGGGUUUCAGCAUGAGGGUGACGCAGCAUACGUUACUGCGUGGGACGCUACAACCUGAUGGGAGGCCGCGUAUACAUACGCAAGUACUCCUUUCAAGUGCGAUCCCAAUGAAGUGGGUCAAAAAUUCGUAUCACAACUGUGGCUGCUGCUGUAGCAGCAUAAGGCCUUAAAAAUCUGACAAGAGAAAAAAAAUAUGAAAUACUGCGAUCCUGUACAGUUGACAGCACCAACUAUAUCAAAACUAUGGAACUAGGGCUAGAAGGAAAG